AUGUCAGCUCAACAAGACUCUCUGUUUGAGUGGAUCACCAAGCUCAACGACACCCUCUUCAUUCAACCCAACGACGAGAUCGCAUUGAAGGCUAUAGAUGAACAAGUUGAUCGAAGCCUAGUCACUAAGAUCAAUCACAACAUUUACACCUAUGAUCAGUUCAAACCCGGUCUCCUCUACGUCCGUGGCUCAACUACUUCUAUUCAAGACGAAUUCUCCGAGAUUCUCACAUGGGAGGAUCCCGAGAAGGGCAAUGGCGUUGUGGCUGUUUUGAGCAAAUGGAGGACCAAGCAUAAGGAAACGGGCGACGAGACCAAGAAGACUAAUGUCAUUCUCUGGGAGGUCAAACUGAUUGAUGGGAAGAGAAAGCUUACGGGACAGACUGAAGUGGAGGCAAUUUAG